AAUUCAAAGCUUGUGACCUAUAAAAAUCCAGCGUCCCUCCUCUCGUUGCAGAUACAUAUAAUAUACGUAUAUAUAUAGAUAUAUAGAUACAUAGUUAUAUACAUAUACAAUCGUAAAUUAACCAGUUCCAGUUUGAUUUAGGAUUCUACGAAAAGGAAAUAGUUUUUUUUUUCUCAAUAAUGGACGCUUUGUGUUUCAAGGCGGGGAUCCACGGUAUGGUGGCGCAGCCGAUCGCCGCCGCCGGAAAUGGAGACCUGCGGCUGAGUGAGAAGCCAUCGGUUUCGGCUUCUCAGAACAGGAAUUUACCCUGGGGCUAUACUUUCAGGCAUCCGCUCAGAUCCUUGUGGCCGGGAGGCAAAAAUCGGUACGAGCCGGCAAUCUCGGUGGACGACGCCGUUUUGGUGGAGGAAAAGGAAGACGUUACGGAGAGCGAAGAGGAACGGCGGAACGGGAAUUGGGUGCUGAAGAUUCUGCAUGUGAGGUCUCUCUGGAAACAGGAAGGGAAAGAUGAUGGUAAUUUGUCGGAGGAAAUGGGGGUAAAAUUGGAAGAAGACGGCAAAAUUGGGGAAGAAGACGAUCGAGAGUGUGAUAUGUGUACGAUUGAAGACGAUGAUGAUGAUGAUGAUGAUGAAAAAAUUGAAUUCGAUAGAAAAUCGUUCUCGAAACUUCUUCGAAAGGUGCCUUUGGGAGAAGCUAGAUUAUAUGCCCAAUUGUCUUAUUUGGGAAGCUUGGCUUAUUCCAUCCCCCAAAUCAAGCCUGGGAAUCUGUUCAGAUACCACGGAUUACGAUUUGUGACUUCUUCUGUUGAGAAGAAAGAACAAGCAUUGAAGAUUGAGAAAGAGAAGUUAUCAGCCGAAGAGGGACAAAAAGAAGCCAAUACAGAAACCGAAACAGAGGAUCCCAAAGGCGACGAAGCAGACAUCAACAAGAAGGAGAAUGAGACGAAGACUAACGAGAAUCGGAUAAGCGCGUACGCUGCGUAUCAAAUUGCUGCUUCUGCUGCUUCCUAUUUGCACUCUCACACCAAAAGCAUUCUUCACUUCAAAUCCUCCAAAUCGGCCCCAGACGAGAAUUCAUCUGGAGAAAGAAAUGGAGGCAAUGGCGGUAUUGAUCUGAUGAACCAAGAUGUAGCCUCGUUAAUGGCAACAACCGAUUCGGUGACUGCUGUUGUUGCUGCAAAGGAGGAAGUGAAACAGGCUGUGGCAGAUGAUUUGAACUCAACUCUUUCUUCACCGUGCGAGUGGUUCAUUUGUGACGAUGAUCAAAGUGCCACGAGAUUUUUCGUCAUACAGGGAUCCGAAUCACUGGCUUCAUGGCAGGCAAAUCUAUUAUUCGAGCCCAUUCAGUUUGAGGGGCUGGAUGUACUUGUACACAGGGGUAUAUACGAGGCUGCAAAAGGGAUUUACGAGCAAAUGUUGCCUGAAAUUCAUGCGCAUCUUAAAUCUCACGGGGAUCGAGCCACAUUACGUUUCACAGGGCACUCACUUGGUGGAAGUUUAUCGGUACUAGUAAAUCUAAUGUUGCUCAUAAGGGGUGAAGUGCCUCGUUCUUCUUUACUCCCCGUUAUAACCUUCGGUGCUCCAUCAAUCAUGUGUGGAGGUGAUCGCCUGUUACGCAAUCUACGGUUGCCUCGAAAUCACAUCCAAUCUAUCACCAUGCACAGAGACAUUGUCCCUCGAGCUUUCUCUUGCAAUUACCCUAACCAUGUUUCUGAAUUUCUCAAGGCUAUAAACGAGAACUUCCGAAAUCUUCCGUGUCUGAAUAAACAGAAGCUGUUAUAUACUCCGAUGGGCGAGUUUAUAAUUCUUCAGCCAGACAACAAAUUCUCUCCAAGCCACGAGCUUCUUCCAUCGGGCAGUGGUCUGUAUAUUUUGUCAUGUUCAGAAUCGGAUAUCUCCGAAGCACAGAAGCAAAUCCAAGCAGCACAAAUUGUGUUCUUAAACUCACCACACCCUCUCGAAAUAUUAAGUGACCGUUCAGCAUACGGUUCUCAAGGAACCAUUCAAAGGGACCACGAUAUGAGUUCGUACUUGAAAUCCGUUCGAAGUUUCAUUCGCCAUGAGCUCGUACGAACAAGAAGAGCUAGGAGAGAAAGACGGAAGAAAAUUUGGUGGCCCCUCGUUGCACCACGUGGGGUCAACGCGGGUCUUAUUGUGACAAGAUCGGUCAGUUCGGGCAGCAAUAUGAUCGGCCAGGGGCAGCUGAACUUCUCGGGCAUUAUUCGAACGGGAGCGGAUUCUUUGAAACGGUUUAGUAGGUUAGUUGCGUCACAGCACAUGCAUUUGCUUGUGGUGCUUUUGUUCCCUGCUAGAAUGUUGGUAUUGGGAACAUUUAGUUUGAUCAGCAUACAUUAAAAUUAAAUUGAUGGAAAAAUUAGAUACAUAUACAGUUGGUGAUUGGUUUCUUGUUGGAAAGUGGUACUUUUUACCACUGGACCAGACAAAUUGGCUGGCAGUAUUAUAUUACAAUAUAUACUAGAAAAGAUUAUUCUUUAUUCAUUAAGGUUGUGGAAGGCAAGGAUCUUGUGUUGUGUUAUCUGGUUUGUGAUUGGAUAAAUUGGACAUAUGACUUUGGGUAC